AUGUUUACCCUGCUCCUCAAAGCCCUGUUCCUUCUCCUCAUUUUCGUCCUCGUUGGGCGUUUCUCGUAUUUCUCCCUCGUCCGUCCUUGGUGGUACAACGAUCCCAACGCUGUCAAAGAUCCCGCCAAUUGCCGGCUGGUGAUCGCUGGAGAUGGCCAGUUCGUCGGUAAACGAAACCUCCUGUCCCCUCUGAAGUCGCGUGCCCUGUCAAACACCAAGAUCCAGGCAGCGUUCGGACUGCACAACGCGUUCACCAGCGGUGAAGCCGACUUCGUGGCCCAGUUUAUUGCCCGAUCCAAGGAGUUCAUCAACGCCAAAGUCAAUGACUGGGAUCUGAUGUCCCGACAGAUUCAAGACGCGGCACAGGUCUGGGUUGAGCAUCCCGACGGCGAGAUCCACCUGGCCAGCAUGGCGCAGUCUCUGACUCUCCGGUUCAUGAUGCUCACGGUCUUUAAAAUGAGAUUCCACGCCCCUCAUACCACCAAUGCCUACCUCGCCGGCUUUGCGCGGUCCAUCCACCAAGCUUGGAUGUUCGCCAAGGAGGAUUCUGGCCCCAUGAAUUUCCACCAAAACAACAUCCUGCGCGAUAAUAUCACGGCGUUUUUCCCCGCGUAUGAUUUCAGCCAGGCCACAAACAAUCCGCUCAACUACAUCCUCCAGGGCUUCGAGACCAGCUGGCGCGUCGUUCUCCGCAUGUUCCUCGAGAUCCGCCGUGCUCGUAACCAGAAUUGGACUGACACCAUCGUGUACUUUACCCUUGACCCGACCGCGGCUCAGUUUUAUGAUAAAGCGCUCGGUGUUUCUGUCGAACAUCUGGUCCUGGAGGCCCUUCGUCUGUACCCGCCCACCCGACGCAUCCAUCGCACCUUUCACUUCGAAAACGACAAGCAGAGCACCGUCGAUGAAGUCACCUACUCUGCGGACAUCGAAGCAUGCCAUCUUUCCAAGAAGAUCUGGGGCCGCGAUGCAUUGACAUACAAUCCCUCCCGCUGGGCCAACCUCACUCAGGAGCAGAAUGACGCUUUCAUGGCCUUUGGAGCUGCACCGUUCGAAUGUCCGGCCAAGCCCACCUUCGGUCCUCGGAUGAUUGGGUUGCUGGCCUCCACGAUGGUUGCGGAAGUGGAGGAACGCGGAACCUGGAGACUCGUUGGUCGUGACAAGCAGUCUGCGUACGAGUACGUGAAUGGGCUCCGCUUGGAUAAUGAUCGCGGCGCGUAUGACGAUUUGUUCCUGUACCUGAAUGACGAUGGCGAGGAGGAGUGGUGA